UAUGAUUUGCAAAUCAUUGUAUUCUGUUUUUAUUUGUUUAACACAACGUCCCAACUGAAUUGGGGUUGGAUAUCGAUCUGUAGCGAUUAUGUAUGAAAUGAGAAUUGUAAUUAAUUUAGGAUAAAGUAAUAAGCUGGGAGCGACGUUUGCGUUACUUCCGGUUUAUCGUAAAAUUUGAUUUUAUUGUUAAAAUCAAACUGUCUCGAAAAGGUUUAACUUUAGCUUUAGGCGAAAUGACGACAAACCUUUUUAAAUCGGUCUCAUGAUCCUCAGGUUGCUACACUACACAACAUUUUGAGUCCUAGGUUACAGAGGUUUACUCAAAUUCAGAACACACACAAAAUACGACCACAAGUGGGAUUUUAUUGUAUAUUUAAUGAAACACACAACUACAACAAGCAAAUAACACAAAGGGUAAACGAAAGAGAGAAAAUAAGGCGUACGAAAAUGGAAAAGAGGACAUUGUGUGUGGUUGCUGGGCUAAACUAAAUGAGCAUGUGAGCGUUUAAUGCGUUUAGUCAGAGCGAGAGAAGGCAAAGUUGGGAUUUCGUAUGAAGGUAGUAAUUUCCCCACAAUUAUUACGCACUGAUGUUAUACAUCAUAGUAAGGAUUGCAGUGUCAACUCACGAACGCAGAUCAGCUGGUCUUUGGGGUGGUCAUCCUGUGGACCUCAGGCGGGAAAGAAGCAGGUUGGGUUGAAGAAAAACCAGAUGCCCGAAAAUAAAAAGAAGUAGGAAAGUAAAGUUGUUGUCCCGUGUGGGAUGCGCUCAUAACUUCCUUCCCGGUUGACCUGGCGGCGGGCUGAGCUCUGGCCCUCAGAGGCUUGCGGAAUCCGUCCGGGAUGCCGGCAGUUGCUCGUUGAGGCCCCACCGACCGAUCGUGGCUAGGGAAAGCGAUCGGAGCCGCACGGUCGACUUCUUCGAUUAAAAACGCCACGGUUUGGUUGCGGCGGGCGUUCGCGCACGUGGUGGUACCCGGAGGUGCCUGAGGACAAAAAGAGAACAAAAGAAGGCGGAGGGGUUGCCGGAGGCCACCCAGCUGGUGAGCUGCCAGCACAGAUACGAGGGGAAGGAAAAAGAAGCCUCAACUCAAGUCAAGUCCACGCAACUCUGAGAAAGCUUUGAGUGAACUUCCCCAACCGGUGAACGUGUUGAUCAUCUCCAUUAAUUUCAUUCAUAUGCUAACAUGGGAACCUGGACCAGGCACACCUGCGGAUCUUUAUUACCAAAUCAGUGUCAAUACAGAUAUGGGUACUACCUGGGUCCCAGUGGCUGCCUGUCAGCAUGUCCAGUACCCAUUGGUUUGCAACAUGACAGAGGCCUUCUCCGAUCCAAGGCAGGUCUACAUAACCCAAGUUACAGCCAAGCGGCAAGGUCAGACCUCUCGACCAACGACAGUCUCAGGAUUCCUGCCCAUCAAAGACACUCACCUGGACCUACCAGUGGUGGCUGUAACCCCUUGUGGAAAAAAUCUGUGUGUGGACCUUCUGCCUCAACUGCAGCAUCUGAGGGAAUUCUACAACUCACUCAGUUACCAACUCAGGAUCAACAGCAGUGGUGCGGCCAGAGCUCUGUUUUUUCAGGAAACCAAAUCUCUGAAGGGAACUGUUCUGAAGAACCUUGCUCCCGGCAGGCAAUACUGCAUCUCAGUUCGGAUCUCUGACAGCCUUGUCCCAAGGGAGUCCAACUACAGCCACCAUGAUUGUGCCAUUACCCCAGGGAAUUACAAAUCAGACCCGGUGAUCUCAGCUGUGUUGUGUAUUUUGUCCAUUGUUGGUCUCAUCGUUGUGAUCCUCCUGGCCUAUACUGGAUUCAUCUGUCUAAGAAAGAGUCAUGUGCCUUCAGUUCUGACAUCCAUCCAUCACAGUAAAGAGGUCCGGGUUUUUGUGCCCCACAAAGCCUUCUUGUCUUCCCUCUCAAUGAUACCAACACUGCACUCUCCAAGUGAAGAGAAGGACUGUCGAACAUCAGCUCUUUGGGAUGUAGAAGACUCUUCUGGCUAUGGAAGUGAUUACAAAAUGCAUUUGGCCGCCAACUUACUCUCCUCGUCGUCCCCAACACUUCCUUUAUUAGCUCAGCCUGAACCACUCCCAAGCAACACUUCAAACUCAAACUCUGGCUUUUUCUCUGUAGGUGUUUUUUGUCCACAGCCUCAAGCCUAUUUAAAUGGUGCAUCCAAACAGUCAACCAUAGACACAGCCUCACUUUCUGACUGUCUCUUGAACUCAGCCAACAGUCCGGUUUCAUACCAAGCUAGUUUAACGGCAGAGAGGAUACAGCCGAUCGAGCUGGAAAUUGGGGUGGUUGGAAAAACAGACAACAGAGAUGUUAACCUCCACUCUCUAAUUUUGGGAAGGUAUGUGGAGGAAACGGAGGAGAAAAACAUUUUUGACCAAUCGAAUGUGGAUGCCAUCGAUUGGGAGGAGCAUGACGGCAUGUCAGUGAUGGUUCCAGAAACUUGCAACACUACCGAAGGACCCAUUGAAGGAACCUCCUGCCCUGUUGAUGAUGAUGAUCAGCAAUGUGAAUAUUUUUCAUACAUAAGCCGCCCAUCAUGUACCUUGUAGGAUAUACUAUAUAUUCCAGGUCAGUUUUGUGUCAGCUAGUGAAAGUACUGAUCAAAAUUCAUUUCCAUCAAAUCUCGAACUUCAAAACUCUGUGUUAUACAGUUAAUUUGGGAUUAAUUUACCCUUUAAAGAAACACAUUUGGAGUAUUAAAAUUUGAAUCUCAGUUGAACCGACAAACAAGAAUCCAAAAGGAGCUGCCUUGAAGAUGUUAAGAGUGACUAAGUCUGCGAGGAUCACAAAAUGGAACCUCUAAGGUGGAAUGAAUCUCGUCAGGGGUGGUGGUUCACCUCAGAUUGGGAAAGUACAUAUCCAUAGUAAAUAAUGGAACUGUCAUCAUCAUCAUAAAACAUCUCACUGUACAAGUAAUGACUUCAUUAACACACUACUUUCUAGCACGCUUGCUAUGCAGUCUGUAUGCUGUAUAUUUUAGUGAGCGGUACUGUGGGGCACGUGGUGUUUCUGCUUCAUAGUUGUAGGCAUAGUCAGCCCCAGGCAUGAGUGACCUGAGUGGUUGCUUGUAGGGGUGUCGCGAUCUGAUCUUUGAGAACGGAUAUCACCAAAAAGAAAAAACGAGUGACAUUAAACAAUAGUGCAUAGCAUUAACAAAAAAGACCUGAAAAUAAUACCUUUGCUAACCUGCCACAGGUUGUCCGCUGUCUGUCGAUGGAGCUCCAGAGUAAAAGACUCUAUGCUCCCGCGGUCGCGCGUCCGACAACGCCCGCAUCACAUCACGCGACCGACGAAUUGCCCCACGCAGCAUGUCUGCAUAGCUUGCCGCACACCCGACGGCGCGGGGAUCAUCUCUCAUGAUUGGUCCGUUUUACUCACAUGCUGUGAUGACGUACCAGCGUGCCCAUUGGUUCUACAUACCAUCUACGUCGCCGCCUUCUCGAUCGAUUUUGCAGCAUAAUUAAACGUAUCAUCUGGUCAUCUAGGUCCAUUUGUUCUGUCGCGGUCGCCAUUGUUGUUGCUUUGUUCCUUGUUACUGAAAGGAAAGUAAAAACGGCUACUGGAAAUGGCCCAAAAAAAAUGCAGCGGAAACUCCACCCUGUGGUGUCCUAUUCAAUACCAGCCGUAGCGACACCCCCUGACUUGGAGGGGAACUGCAGCACAUUUUCAAAACAGUGCAAGUGGGUUGAAAACUACGCGCGGGACAGCCGCAGUAACGUCAGCGCGCAAGUAUAUAAACAAGCCUGAAGGAGUCUAUGAUUGCCAGCUUCAUGGCUCACCUCCCUCGACUCCCGAGAUCAUGAAUGAGCAGACUUGCGAUGAAGACGGCUGUAGCUCCCUUGGGGGACACACUGGGGUGCGAUCCGGCUACCUGCUGCAUAGCACCACCUGGGUCGAGGUGGCUGAGGAUUCUGCUCCCAGAGGUUACGCUUCUCCUAAUGUUCCUUCUAUACAACCUCUGUAACACCCCCCCCUACACACACAUACAAACCACCACUCUCAUAGAAGAAGACUAUUAUCGUAUUCAUUAUUUCAAUGCCAUCACACAAUUCAGGAAUAUUACCGAACAUCAUCCCACCUGGUCACUGCCACAACACCACAAACCACAUUACAUUACAUUAUAAAAAAAGCCAUUAAACCAUCCAUCAUCCUCAAUAUGGCACUUUUAAAUGUAUGCUCUUUGUUGUAAAUGAUCACAUUUUAGAUCAUAAACUUGACUGUUUGUUUUUAACUGACACUUGGCCGGGUCCAGCUGCAUCUCCAGUUCUUAGACAGACCUCUCCACCAUAUUAGCUUCUCCAUCUCUGUGCGAGAUAGUGGGAGGGGAGGCAGGAAAGCGUCAAUAAGAAUGAACACACUGACCGCCAAACCCAUUUCAUUUGACCUCUGGACUUAGUUUUUUCUUAUUGCUUGUCUGUUUCGUUUUGUUGACUUGGCUGUUUCUGACCACUGCUGCGUUUCUUUUUUUUUUAAUAGAUAUAUUACCAGUUUUAUUCAGUGGCAGCCUUAUGUGCGUGCGAACUGUAAGGAAACUAUCUCACCUCUGAAAUGACUGCAAACUUCACUAAUGUUCUCAUCUCACCUCCACCCUUGAAUGGUUUGGUUGGUGAUUUUAACUUCAGAGGAGCUUGGACUCAGUUGCCCCAGCAAAUACAAAUGUUAAACAAAAACAAACUUUCCUUGGAAAACGGAAGAAGACUGAAAAAAGGCUGAAGGGUAGCCCAGAGAAAAUGUAGGAAGAGUAAAAACACUCAAUUAUCAAAUAGUCUGCACAAUUUAAACUCGUUAACACAAUGCUGUGAGAAUUUGAAGGAAUGUGUACUUCUCCAAAAUGAUCACUGACCACAAAAAUAACCCCAAAAGUUGUAUUUUCCAUCAUUAACCACAUUUCGACUCCCGUUUUAAACAGCUUACUGUGAAUCCCAACAUAUUUUCUUCGUGAGGGAUUUCACAGAUCACUCGAGAGGAAAGAUUAACAGUAUCAGAUGUCAUAUUUUACCAAGUUGUGAUAUGUUUUUAAAUACAUAAUGUUUGUCUUUACACUGGACAGUUUUGUCCUGGCCAAUGCUGAGAUGCUGAUAAGGUUCUCUUGACAGUGAGGCUCAUUAUGUCUUCUGGACCCCUUCCCAUCCAUUUUCCUCACCAGAGUCACAGGCGUGCUAGCGCUUAUCUCCGCUAACUCGGGGUGAAAGGCAUGAAACACCCUGAACUGGUCGCCAGUCAAUUGCAAUUUGAAGAGCAAUUUAGAUUUUAACAAUCUUGACAAUUACCAAAUCACAAACAUUUCUUUACUAUGUAGUGUACAAGAUUGUGCGUUGGCCACAGCAAGGCUAUGAUUUAGCAUUAAUAAAUAACGUUUUUCGGCCUUUUUAUCUCAAUGUCAAAAAUCUUUUGGUCCGAAACACAAAAUUCACUAUUGGCUCAAACAUUUUGGCCGGUGAAAUGUCAGUGCAUUGCUAAUUUUAACAAUUUAUUCAUCUUGCUUACUUUCUUUUACAAAUCAAAGGAAGAUUGGACAUUGUGUAAAAUGUAAAUAAGAAUACUAUGAUUUGCAAGUCAUUUUUAAUAUAUUACAAAGGCAAGAUAUUUUUAAUGUUCAAACUGAUAAGCUUUGUUUUUUGCAAAUAUUCACUCAUUUCAAAUUUGAUGCCUGCAACAUUGCAAAAAAAGCAGGGAAAGGGGGACGUUUACCACAGUGUUCCAUCACCUUUCCUUUUAGCAAUAUUCAAUUGGUGCUUGGGAACUAAGGACACUAAUGGUUGAAGGUUUGUAGGUGGAAUUUUUUUCCCAUGCUUGCUUGAUGUACAAAUUAAUUUGCUCAACACCCCGGGGUCUUCGUCAUCGUAUUUUGCACUUCAUAAUGUGCCACACAUUUUCAAUGGGAGACAGGUCUGGACUGGACUGCUAGCAGGCCAGUCUGAUACUCACACUCUUGUCUUGCUGAAAUAAGCGGGGAUGUCCCUGAAAAGCACGUUGCUUGGAUGGCAGCAUAUGUUGCUCCAAAACCUGUAUGUACCUUUUAGCAUUAAUGGUGUCUUCACAGACAUGCACAUUAUCGAUGCCUUGGGCACCAACACAUUCCAAUUGCGUCACAGAUGCUGGCUUUUGAACUUUGCACCGAUCCGGAUGGUCCUUUUCCUCUUCGUCCCAAAGGACACAACGUCCAUGAUUUACCAAAACAAUUUGUUAUGGGGACUCAGACCACGGCACACUUUUCCACUUUGGAUCAGUCCAUCUCAGAUGAGCUCAGGCCCAAAGAAGCCGGUGGCGUUUCUGGGUGUUGAUAUAUUAUUUUCUCUUUACAUGGUAGAGUUUUUUUCUUCCAUUUGUAAUUGUAGCGACAAACUGUGUUAACCGACAAUGUUCCUGAGCCCACAUGGCAAUAUCCUUCACACAAUGAUGCAGUUUUGAAUACAGUGCCGCCUGAAGGAUCGAAGGUCACAGGAAUGUAAUGUUGGUUUUUGCCCUUUGCGCUUAGGUGCAGAGAUUUCUCCAGAUUUGAUGAUGAAAUCCCUAAAUUCCUUGCAACUUUAUGUUCAGAAACGUUCUUAAACUGUUGGACUAUUUGCUCACACAGUUGUUCAAAGUGUUGAAGCUCGCACAAUCCUUACUUGUCAACUGAGCCUUUUGGGGAUUCUCCUUUUAUACACAAUCUGAUACUCAUCUGUUUCCAAUUAACCUGCUCAGCAAUGGAAUGUUCCAAACUGUUUUUUGAGCAACAAAACACUUUCUGUGUUUUGUUGCCCCUGUCCUAGCUUUUUUUGGAACACGUUGCAGGCAUCAAAUUCAAAAUGAAAGAAUAUUAGCAACAAAAAAAUAAUAACCUGAAAUAUAAUAGUCUCUUGUAAAGCAAUAAACACAUCGGGGGAGGGGUCACGCGAGUUCACCCCUAGAACAUUCCCGGGCAAAUGUCUGGGAGAGAGGAGGGGUGACUGUUUUUGAAUGGCCCAGCCAGAGCCCUGACUUAAACCCAAUUGAGCAUCUCUGGAGAGACCUGAAAAUGGUUGUCCACAAACAUUCACCAUCCAACCUAACAAAACUGGAGAGGAUCUCCAAGGAGGACUGGCAGAGGAGCCCCAAACCCAGGUGUGAAAAACUUGUUACAUCAUUCCCAAAAAGAGUCAUGGCUGUAUUAGCUGAAAAGGGUGCUUCUACUAAAUAAUGAGCAAAGGGUCUGAAUACUUAUGGCUGUGUGAUAUUUCAGUUUUUCAUCAAUCUGCAAAGCUUUCCACAAUUCCGUUUUUUUCUGUCAAUAUGGGGUGCUCUGUGUACAUUAAUGCUUUCGUUGCUAGGAUAAUCAGAAAGAUUUUUGACACAUAGCAGCUAUCAACAUUAAACCAUUACUUUUCAUUACUAUUGACAAAGGUAGAAAACAAAUAUCUUACCAUGUCACCAUCUGAAGGAGAAGUUUGGAUGGCUAAUGUUCCAGUAUGCAUUAAGACCAUAUAUGUCACGAUUCAAAGUCAUGGGAAUUGGAUUGGAGCCAUUGCGCGUUGGCUCUGGGAAGGAUAUCCAAGGCGAGGUGGUGGACCAUCUGGACAAGGAGCGAGCAGGAAGCAGGAACGUGAGCAGGUGAUGAAGCAGACAGCGAGCACGGGAGGAACACUGGAGACGGAAGAGAAGCAGAUCGGGUGAGUAUAGAUGCGGGUCGUCUGAUAGUUACUUGCAUACCACAAAAACAUGGAAGUAUGACAGGCUUUAAAUGCAGGCAGUAAUGCGUGAUGGUUGAAGACAGGUGCACGGGCCAGGUGAUGCUUAUUGCCGGGGCGAGGGAGAGACGAGGUGCAAGGCGCCGCCACCCAAAGUCCAAAAGAGGAACUGCAUGGCAUGGAUCAUGACAAUAUAUCUCCCUAGCUUUAAAACACUAAAAACAGCAUUUACCCCAAAAAAUGGGGUGUCUUCUUAGAUAUGUAAUACGUUUUUGAGCUAUUAUAAUAGUUGAACAGACUAUUAUCCCGGACUUUUUGGUUUCAAAAUUAAUUAUCCAACAUAUUGUUCUGUAUAUGCAGUAAUAUGUUAAGCCAAUUAAACAAUUAUAUGGUUUCACAGUCAUAUUGACCUUCUGAGGGAGCUGACACUUAAAAAAACAACACAUUUGUGUACUCAUCAUUAACUUUAAGUUAGACAACUCAAAAAAAAAAAAACUUUCUGUAAGUUUGAUAGAUCGAUGAAGUCAAACAAGUCUGCAAUAAAAAUUUUAUCCAUAGCGAUUCAGCUUUAAAACAAUAAAAGCAUAAUUUACCAACAAACUAAUGUUAUAGCACUUACACGCUGGGAGAGCUAGGUGUGCAUAGGUCCGUAAGUCUAAAGACUAUAUCAAAUAUCUUGUAAGUAAUAUUUUGCAACAGCCAUACGAGUAUAAAAAAAAAUGUAACCGGUAGCAAAAGCAAAAGAAAAUUACUCGCCAUUCAAUUGUGUGAUAUACAGUAGAUGUUGAGAACGCAGUAAGUAAGGAGAAGGUAGGCCUAAAAACUUCAUACUUUUUAAAAUUUUUUACUGGCAUACAGGUGUGUAAAGAAGUUAAACCACUUUGAUAAAACAACAACUUUCACAACCGAUAUAGUUCCCUGUUAUUUUGAAGUUAUUUCAGAAAGUUGCUACUUGGGCCGUUAACUAGAUUCUAAAUGUAUUUCGUUAUUAGUAUAUAGAUAGAUAGAUAGAUGGAUAUAGAUAGCUGGAUAUAGCUAGCUAGAUAGCUGGAUAUAGCGAGGAAGCUAGAUAGAUAGCUGGAUAUAGCGAGAUAGCUAGAUAGAUAGCUGGAUAUAGCGAGAUAGCUAGAUAGAUAGCUGGAUAUAGCGAGAUAGCUAGCUAGAUAGCUGGAUAUAGCGAGAUAGCUAGCUGGAUAGCUGGAUAUAGCUAGAUAUAGCGAGAUAGCUAGCUGGAUAUAGCUAGAUAGCUAGCUGGAUAUAGCUAGCAAGAUAGCUGGAUAUAGCUAGAUAGAUAGCUGGAUAUAGCUAGAUAGACAGUCGGGACCCGUUGUUUAAAUUGUAGCUGAAACAACCUUUUGAGAAUUGGGGUAAAAUAUUUAUGAGCUGUGUGGAUAAAGUGUUAUUUCUGCUAACAUCAAUAACAUUGUGCUCAUUAGUCUUAAAAUACAAGGGACAUUUUUCCAUUAUCAGAAAAAAGGCACUUUAAUAGAUAGCGUUUGGCAAGGGCUAAAGCAUCAAAUAAUCAAAAUUAUGAAUUUCACAAAAAGGAACUGUACAUGAAACAUCUGCACCCUCAUAAAUGAAAUAAAAUGUUUCAGGCCGAUUCUCUGAGAUGAAAACCAAAACAGUCCAAAAACUGAAAAUUCAAAACAUGAAAAUAAAAACACUAAAUUAGUAUUUGACUAGGCCAGAAACAUCAAAUAACAAAAAAAAAUGAAAUUCACAGAAAUGAACUGUAAAUGGCGGCAUGGUGGACGACUGGUUAGAGCGUCUGCCUCACACUUCUGAGGACCGAGGUACAAAUCCCGACCCCGCCUGUGUAGAGUUUGCAUGUUCUCCCCGUGCCUGCGUGGGUUUUCUCCAGGCACUCCGGUUACCUCCCACAUCCCCAAAACAUGCAUGGUAGGGUGAUUGAAGACUCUAAAUUGCCCGUAGGUGUGAAUGUGAGUGCGAGUGGUUGUUUGUUUGUAUGUUCCCCGCGAUUGGCUGGCAACCAGUUCAGGUUGUAACCCGCCUCCUGCCCAAAGAUAGGAUAGGCUCCAGCACGCCCGCGACCCUUGUGAGGAUAAGCGGCUCAGAAAAUGGAUGGAUGGAUGGAUGGAACUGUAAAUGAAACAUCUACUCACUCAUAAAUGAGAUAAAAUGAAAUAGAAAUUCUGGAAGGAGCUAGACGAAGUAGUUCUGAUCAUCCCAGACAGAGAGAGAGUCGUAAUUGGUGCAGAUUGUAAUGGACAUGUUUGUGAAGGGGGUGAUGAAGAAGUGAGGGGUAAGUACGGCAUCCGGGAAAGGAACUUGGAGACAGCAUAGGAUGAUGGUGUGUAAAAUGACUCUGGUGGUGGGGAGGAAGAUUAGGAAGACAAAGGCAGAGAAGAGAACCAUGUGGUGGAAGCUGAGACAGCACGAGUGUUGUGCAGCUUUUUGGGAAGAGGUGAGACAGGCUCUCGGUGGACCACUACAGCCAAGGUGAUCAGAGAGGCAGGGAGGAGAGUACUUGGUGUAUCUUCUGGCAGGAAAGGAGAGAAGAAGACUUGGUGGUGAAACCUCACAGUACAGGAAAUAAUACAAGUAAAAAGGUUAGCUAAGAAGAAGUGGGACACUGAGAGGACCGAGGAGAGGCGAAAGGAAUACAUUGAGAUGCGACACAGGGCAAAGGUAGAGGUGGCAAAGGCCAAACAAGAGGCAUAUGAUGACAUGUAUGGCAGGUUGGACACUAAAGAAGGAGAAAAGGAUCUAUACAGGCUGGCCAGACGGAGAGAUAGAGAUGGGAAGGAUGUGCAGCAGGUUAGGAUGAUUAAGGAUAGAGAUGGAAAUAUGUUGACUGGUGCCAGCAGUGUGCUAGCUAGAUGCAAAGAAUACUUCGAGGAGUUGAUGAAUGAGGAAAAUGAGAGUAGAAGAGGCAAGUGUGGUAGACCAGGAAGUGGCAAUGAUUAGUAAGGGGGAAGUUAGGAAGGCAUUAAAGAGGAUGAAAAAUGGAAAGGCAGUUGGUCCUGAUGACAUUCCUGUGGAGGUAUGGAAGCAUCUAGGAGAGGUGGCUGUGGAGUUUUUGACCAGCUUGUUCAAUAGAAUUCUAGUGCGUGAGAAGAUGCCUGAGGAAUGGAGGACAAGUGUUCUGGUGCCCAUUUUUAAGAACAAAGGUGAUGUGCAGAGCUGUGGGAACUAUGGAGGAAUAAAGUUGAUGAGCCACACAAUGAAGUUAUGGGAAAGAGUAGUGGCGGCUAGACUCAGGACAGAAGUGAGUAUUUGCGAGCAACAGUAUGGUUUCCUGCCUCGAAAGAGUACCACAGAUGCAUUAUUUGCCUUGAGGAUGUUGAUGGAAAAGUACAGAAAAGGUCAGAAGGAGCUACAUUGUGUCUUUGUAGAUCUAGAGAAAGCCUAUGACAGAGUACCCAGACAGGAACUGUGGUACUGCAUGCGAGGUGUUCAAGGAUGAAGUCUGGAGUGGCAGAGAAGUAUGUUAGAAUAUUACAGGACAUGUACGAGGGCAGCAGAACAGCGGUGAGGUGUGCUGUGACAGAUGAAUUUUAAGGUGGAGGUGGGACUGCAUCAGGGAUCAGCCCUGAGCCUGGUGAUGGAUAGGCUGACAGAUGAGGUUAGACUGGAAUCCCCGUGGACCAUGAUGUUUGCAGAUGACAUUUUGAUCUGCAGUGAAAGCAGGGAGCAGCUGGAGGAACAGUUAGAAAUAUGGAGGCAUGCACUGGAAAGAAGAGGAAUGAAGAUUAGCCGAAGUAAGACAGAAUAUAUGUCCAUGAAUGAGAGGGCUAGUGGGGGAAGAUUGAGGCUACAGGGAGAUGAGAUAGCAAGGAUGGAGGACUUUAAAUACUAGGGGUCAACUGUCCAGAGCAAUGGGGAGUGUGGUCAGGAAGAGAAGAAACGGGUCCAAGCAGGUUGGAACAGGUGGAGGAAGGUGUCAGGUGUGUUAUGUGACAGACGAGUCUCUGCUUGGAUGAAGGGCAAAGUUUAUAAAACAGUGGUGAGACCAGCCAUGAUGUACGGAUUAGAGACAGUGGCACUGAAGAGACAACAGGAAGCAGAGCUGGAGGUGGCAGAAAUGAAGAUGUUGAGGUUCGCUCUCUGAGUGACCAGGUUGGAUAAAAUUAGAAAUGAGCUCAUCAGAGGGACAGCCAAGGUUCGAUGUUUUGGAGACAAGGUUAGAGAGAGCAGACUUCGAUGGUUUGGACACGUCCGAAGGGGAGAGAGUGAGUAUAUUGGUAGAAGGAUGAUGAGGAUGGAGCUGCCAGGCAAAAGAGCUAGAGGCAGACCAAGAGAAGGUUGAUGGAUGUCGUGAGGGAAGAUAUGAUGGCAGUUGGUGUUCCAGAGGAGGAUGCGGGAGAUAGGCUUACAUGGAAAAGGAUGAUGCGCUGUUGCGACCACGAAAGGGACAAGCCCAAAGGAAAAGAAGAAGAGUGUAAAAGAUGCAGAGUCCUCUAGCACUUAGACCAGUUUGAAUGACUAAUAUAGCAAUAGUCCGGUGCAAUGACCAUUGUGCAAAGGGCGCCGAGACUUCGAGGAGUGUAUGCAGUUUAAAGUGACGAGUAGUGCGAUAAUCUGGGACAAUGUUGAUUGUGCAAAUGUUGCAGAUACUCCUCAAUCAGUGUGCAAAUGGAGCAGAUGCUACUCUGGCAUGAGUGGCCAGUAUUGGUCAACAACAGAUAUGCAAAUAGUGCAGCGUGGCGAGACUACUACAGUGAGUGCACGAGUAAUGUUUGAUUGGCCCCACAGAAAUGUGACAAUGAACUCAAGUAAAAAAAAUUGCCAGCAUGUUGUAAUGGAAUUGUAGGUUAGGUGUUUAAGAAGUUGAUCGCAAUCGGGAAGAAGCUGUUGGAAUGUCUGCUAGUUCUAGUUUGCAUUGAUCGGUAGCGCCAACCUGAGGGAAGGAGCUGGAAGAGCUGGUGACCGGGAUGCGGAGGGUCCGAGAGGAUUUUGCACGCUUUUGUCUUAGUUCUGGCAGCGUACAAGUCCUCAAGGGUGGGUAGGUGGGUACCGACAAUCCUUUCAGCAGUUUUGAUUGUCCGUUGCAGUCGGAGUUUGUCCUUUUUUGUAGCAGCACCAAACCAGACUGUGAUGGAAGAACACAGGACUGAUUUGAUGACCGCUGUGUAGAACUGCCUCAGCAGCUCCCGUGGCAGGCCGUGCUUUCUCAGAAGCCGCAGGAAGUACAUCCUCUGCUGGGCCUUUUUGACGACGGAGUUGAUGUUGGUCGCCCACUUCAAGUCCUGAGAGACUGCAAUUUCCAGGAACUUGAAGGUCUCGACAGUUGACACGAGGCAGCUGGACAGCGUGAGGGGCAGCUGUGGCGAAGGAUGCCUCCCGAAGUCCACGAUCAUCUCUACAGUCUUGAGCGUGUGCAGCUCCAGGUUGUGUCGGCCGCACCACAGGUCCAGCCGCUCCGCUAUGCAGACUCGUUACCGUCCUUGAUGAGUCCGAUGACAGUGGUGUCAUCUGCAAACUUGAGGAGUUUGACAGCCGGGUGCGCGGAGGUGCAGUCGUUCAUGUAGAGAGAGAAGAGCAGCGGAGAGAGGACACAACCUUGGGGCGCCCCAGUGCUGAUGCUGCAUGUGGAUGAGGUGGUCUCUCCCAGCCUCACCUGCUGUGUCCUGCCCGUCAGGAAGCUGUAAAUCCACUGGCAGAUGGCAGGUGAGACGCUGAGCUGGAGAAGCUUGGAUGAAAGGAGUUCAGGGAUGAUGGUGAUGAACGUUGAGCUGAAGUCCACAAACAGGAUCCUCGUGUAGGUCCCUGCACUGUCGAGGUGUUCAAGGAUGAAGUCCAGUCCCAUGUUGGCUGCAUCAUCCGCAGACCUGUUUGCUCGGCAGGCAAACUGCAGGUGGUCCAGCACGAGACGUUCAAAGGACUUCAUGACCACAGAUGUCAAGGCGACAACCUGUAGUCAUUUAGACCCGGGAUUGUAGGUUUCUUGGGGACUGAAAUGAUGGUGGAGCGUUUGAAACAGGAUCAUACUUCGCACAGUUCCAGAGAUCUAUUGAAGAUCUGAGUGAGGACUGGCGUGAGCUGGUCCGCGCAGACUUUUGAGGCAGGAUGGGGACACAUGGUCUGGGCCUGCCGCUUUGUAAAUCUUUUGUUGUUUGAAGAUGCGUCUCACAUCCUGUUCGUGGAUGGUUAACGCAGAAGUCAGAGGUGUGAUUGUGGUCGGUGAUGUGCCUGGCUGGGUGGGUGUAAAAGUGUCCUUUUCAAAUCUGAAGUAGAAGGUAUUCAAGUCGUUGGGUAGUGUGCUAUUGUUCUCAGCUUGGGGGGAUCAUCACUUGUAAUUAGUCAACGAUUGGAAUGCAUGCCAGACUGAUUCAGAGUCGUUAGCGCUAAACUGUUUUUCCAACUUUGCUGCAUAGUUCCUCUUUGCAAUGUUAAUUUCUUUAGUCAGCAGGUUCCUAGCUCAAUUAUACACGGCCCUGUCCCCGCUCUGAUAUGCGUCCUCCUUAGCUUGGCGAAGCUGCUUAAGUUUGGCAGUGAACCACGGCUUGUUGUUGUUUCACCCAUAGGAGCUAUUCUAAGGCCUUUGUUCUCCUUGGAGUUUCACUUCCUCUUUUGAUCUUCACCUUAGCUUGUCUAACCCAGUUUAGUCCAGUUUUACUUCCCCAUGUAAGUGAGUACAUUUCAACUCUCUCACUAUUACCACACAGCGUUUCUCCUGCGUUACUAUGGAUACGACCUACAAUAACUUGUUAGCCAACACUCUCUCCUGCUCCGAGGGGGAAAAAAAGCUCACUUCUGAUCAAUCUUUCCUGAAAUAAUACAUGUAUGCAUAACAUAUACUCCCAUAUCCUGAAACAUACAUGACACAAAAUACUUCAUUUGCAGCAUUUCAUUGUCAAUUUCUCACUUGUACACUGAAAGGUCGUAUUGCUUCAUCAUCUUUCACUCACAAAUACCAGUGUGGACACAGAUAAUUGUGGGCUCCUAAUCCUUAGUGACCAACAAUAUUUGUAAUAAACUGUUACAGGUUAAAUAUGUCUGCUAAUAUGCAUUAAGCAAGCAAAUGAGUAUGAGUUUUCUCCGGGCACUCCGGUUUCCUCCCACAUCCCAAAAACAUGCGUGGUAGGUUCAUUGACUACUCUAAAUUGCUGGGAUAGGCUCGAGCAGCCCGCGACCCUAGUGAGGAGAAGCGGCUCAGAAAAUGGAUGGAUGGAUGGAUGAGUAGGAGACUAUAGUGGCAUGACAUGUUAGAUCUCCACUUUGGCACCAUCUGCUGGACGUUUUACAGUACAGGUGGUUUACCAUAACUGGGCCUGAUCCCAGUCGAAUUUUAGACAUAAUUCAUACUAUCAAUUAUACCAAUUUAGACAUAAUUUGUACUAUCAAUUAUACUAAUAUUUUCCAUUAGUUUUCGCCACUACUCAACUAUAUAUAUCUAUGACACUAAGGAUUUAUCAUUCAUUAAUUUUCCGUAGCACUUAUCCUCACUCGGGUCGCGGGCAUUCUGGAGCCUAUCCCAGUCUUCGGGCGAGAGGCGGGGAACACCCUGAACUGGUCGCCAUCUCUCUCUCUCUCUCUCUCUCUCUCUCUCUCUUUCUCUCUCUCUAUAUAUAUAUAUAUAUAUAUAUAUACAUAAAUCCAUGACUACAUAUAUAUGUCAUGCAUGAACUAACAUGCGUCGAUCUUUACCUGCAGACUUAUCAGUGACAUACAAAGAAAGAAGAUAUGCUCUCAUUGUUCUCAAAAUGGAACAUUAGUGUAUUAACAAGUUUAGCCACCUUUCACAAAUUGUGUUUUAUUUCGCAUUCAUAUUGUGCAUCAAACCUUGUACAAAGAGGAACCUCGGCAGUCUAAUUCUUGUAAUUGUAAUUAAGCAACUUGUGCGAAGUGUUGCCAUUUUAUUUUAAAAAGUUAAAAUAAAAACUAAUACCCUAGUAUUCAAUUAUACUUGCCUCCAAUGUCUUGAUUCGAUUGAUGGAGGCGAAACACAAAUCCACAGGGAAACAGCUCCUAGCACCUUUUGCACAAGGUCCCAACUUCAUUGGAAUUGUAUUAGUCAGGUUACCUCAUGAUUUCAGCAUGGUUCAACUCAGGCCUCGUCCACCCAUGAUGAGUUCAAUGCUUCAGUGUUCCAAAUAAAACACUUGUUUCUGCUUUGAUGAAAUAUUUUUUUCUUAUACACGGACGUAGCAUAUUUCAAACAGAUGCAGGUAGAAUACAGAACUAUUCACUGAUUGAAUGAGGAUUUUAAUCACCAAAAAGAAGAGUAGAUUCCACUACGAGGCAUGACACAAUCGGAACCGUUGUAGCGGAUACGCCCUAUGGGACAUGUUCGAGGCCCCAAGAGCCGAUGGCCUUUGCAGUCCUGCUUCCUGAAGCCUCAGCCGGGCGGCCUGUUUUCACGGCACACACGAAACCUGGUUUAUAUAAUCUGAAAUCAUAAAUACUGGUUGCAAGUUUGGGGUAAGGAAGUCAUUGAUGACUGUUGAACAAUGGAACAUGGUCACCCAGAACCCCCCACUCUGCCCAACCCCCAGUGGUGAUUAGAGACACUGCCUGUGGAAAUUCAAAUGGCAAUGAAGAAUUCCCACGCUUGUAACCAACAAAACAAACAUUCAUGAAUAUUUUAAAAUAAAUAUAUACUUUGAUGUCUGUGUCAUUGUGUCAGUUUUACAGUUCCGGCUACGAGACUUUGAGAACGGUUCCUCUUGAUUUGAAGCCAAGCAGUACGAAGUGAUGUUGUAUUGAACAAUACAUAGUUGGUUUGCCAAGACUAAAGUUUAAGCAAUCAUUUUACAUUCUUGAUCCAUGAAUGAGAGAAAGUUUCAUAGUUGGGAAUUGUUUUUUUUUAAUAUGCCGAGUCUCAACCUCCAUUUAGGGUGUGGCUCACGCAGCUAGAACAAAAUUUCAACUGGAAACCAGAGUCGAUGGGUGUGGCCAGUACAAAAGUAGAAAGUACAAAUCUGUGCAUAGUAGUCUGCGUUUAAGUUAGCAAGCUCACACGAGUCCCAACUUUGCUCUCCCUAAGAUUCAACUCAUUCCACGAUAACAUUACGAGUUCAGUCAUAUACCCUAUAUCUUGUUCUUUACGUACGUUUGUCUGUAAUUUUUAUAGUAGAGUCCCUCUGUAUGUUACCCGAUAGUUACCUCUGUUGAUUUAAUUACAUUUUCUCUAAAAUUCCACUUCCUGUUGUGCUUUGUGUGUGUUUGAGUAAAACUGUAAAAUCGCUGUAAUCGAGAACUCUUAUUUUCCCCCAAGUAGCAGCCUUCUAACGUAUUGAGAUUGAUUGAGAUUGAGCUGUGUGGGAGCGAGAGCUCUGUAUACCACUGUCGGAGCACAGCCCCUGGAGGAAGAGGUCCUACACACUGUCGUCAUCGAAGUGGAAGGAAUCCUUAACAUAGCCUUUCCCUCAGAUGUCAGUGACCCCAAUCAUGUGACGUCCAACUGUUUGCUGAUGGUGCGGCAAGAUGGUUCCCUGCCACAAGUCGUGUACCCCGGGGGGAGCUACACACCCACUGACGGUGGAAGCAUGCCCAGGUGCUUGCUGACCACUUUUGGACCUUCAUCAGGCUGUACCUACCUGGUCUCUUGUCCCGCCGGAAGUGGCAAUCUUCUCCAGCCCACGUCGCAGAGGGCUCUGUCAUCCUGAUGCUGGAGCUCCAGCUUCCUCGGUCCCUGUGGCCUAUUGGGCGCAUCAUCACAGUACACCCCAGCGCUGAUGGUUAUAUGAGAGCUGCAAAUGAGCAGUUCAAGGACAAGAUGUACAAAAAAACGCACGUAUUUUGUGUCUUCAGGUAGGCAUGCUCGGCCAGCUAAGUCUGGGUCCUUCGUGUCUUGUGUAUGCGCGGUCGAGGGAAUGGGAAGGAGAGAGACCGGUGCUGCGAGAGGUUGUUACGAAGUUAAUUAGUGUGACGCAGUUAGAUUUACAACCCGUCAAGUCUGUUAAGACCAAAAGCUCUCUGUGUUCCUUUGCAGAGUGUGUGUCCAUGAGAGUUAAGUGGCAGCCGCCACUUCUGUGUUUAGUAUUAGGUUUGGUGAAGUUAAGUCCUCCUCCUACCUGUCGAAGUGCUAACGUUAACAUUAGCAGUUACUGCGUUAGCAUUAGCGGUUGUUAGCUAAGUACCUAUUUGUCCUUAUUUAAUGUGCCUUAUUUUCUGUAUAGUGUAUGUGAAUGUGUAACCACAUUCACACUUUAAGUGAGUAUACUUCUCUUCAGUUAGUAAUUGUCUUUGUUUCUCUUUAGUUUAGAGACAACACACACAAGACAAACUAGCAUUACACACAUACACAUGCAACAUAACCUCAGCCACCCUAAAUACCUCACAAAAGUGGACAAAAUUAACGUGAACAAUACUGGACAAUAUUCAAAGUUUAUUGGAAACUGUGGGAAUGACUGGCCCUUUAUUUGAUAAAGUUGAAUUGCAUCAUA